AUGGAGGGCUCCGGUCAAGUCGAGCAAACUCAGACGCUGAACACAACUAAUGACACGUAUAAUACAGAUCCAUCAACGACGGACGAAAGCGCAGAGAGUCUCGCCUACCAGAUCACCCUAGCAGCGAUUCUCUCCGUUAUCACCCUUGCCACCACUUUAUCCAAUGCAUUCGUCAUUGCAGUCAUCUCCCAAUCUAGGAAGCUUCAAACUCCGGCGAACUUUUUGAUCGCUUCCCUCGCCGUCACCGAUCUACUGGUGUCUAUUUUGGUGAUGCCCAUAUGUGUCCUGUACACGGUGAUUCACACCUGGACACUGGGGCAAGUUAUAUGCGACAUCUGGCUCUCCUCAGACAUAACGUGUUGCACUGCGUCGAUUCUCCACCUGUGCGUAAUCGCCUUGGAUAGGUACUGGGCCAUCACUGACGCGGUGGAGUACUCCAAAAAGCGCACGCCGGGACGCGCAGCCGGGAUGGUGGCUACAGCCUGGGUCAUCGCCAUCUCCAUCUCCCUGCCUCCGCUCUUCUGGAGGCAGGUGAAGGCGGAGGAGCUGACGAGCUGCAGCGUCAACACGGAUCAUAUUUUCUACACCAUCUACUCCACUUUUGGGGCGUUCUACAUCCCCACCUUGCUGCUUAUUGUCCUCUACGGACGGAUAUACGUCGAAGCGCGCAAGAGGAUCCUGAAGCAGUCCCCCAAGAAAGUGGGGAAGAGACUCACCUCGGCGCACCUGGUCACCAACUCUCCAGGAUCCGUGGCGUCCACCACGCCUCUGCAGUGCGGGAGACACGACGUGCACUUCAGCGACACCGGGUCUUCCGCGAGUGAAAACCAAGUGAAAGUGACAGUGUCAGACGCACUUUUGGAGAAAAAGCGCAUUUCAGCAGCCAGGGAGAGGAAAGCCACAAAGACACUGGGGAUAAUCCUCGGCGCCUAUAUAGUUUGCUGGUUACCGUUUUUCAUCUACACGCUGGUGGUGGCGACAUGUGAUGCAUGUUUCUAUCCCGAGUUAUUUGACUUUUUCACCUGGCUGGGCUACCUGAACUCCCUGAUCAAUCCCAUCAUUUACACAAUGUCCAAUGAUGACUUCAAGAAAGCUUUCCACAAUGUUGUGCGCUUCAGAUGUUGCAGGUCGUGA